UUCUGAACAUCUCCUUGCACGCCGAUUUCGCUCUAGGUUGGCCACCUGUUCGAAAAUCUAGUAUUUAUUGUUGAAAACAGUUGACUGAAUUGAUUCUCGACGCGUAGUUUCCCUCUUAAGAGAUGUUGAGUCCUCUCGGAAGAGUUACCCGAUUUUGGAAUCCGCGGGUAACUAAAGUAAAAUCCACGGGAUGUGAUUAGGAAUAAAGAGAAUAGAUCAAUUUCCACUAAACACCAAGAGAGGCUCUGUUAAGGUGGGAUUUUAGGGGAAAUCUCGGUGGGUCGUUAUUUGAAGCAAUUUGGGCCGCUUUCUGAGGUCCAACCAUUAGUUUAAACAAUUUUCUACUGGUCAAUUUUGUAUCCUAAUUCAUGAUGCUCGUUCCGCCAGACAUAAUGACUGCCCAAUCAAGCAAGAUGCUCUACCAGAUAAACAAAUACUACGGAGAGCGAGUUCAAGCCCAUAUGGGCCAGGUGCAAAAAACAAUCCGGGAAGUGUGCAAGGUGGUGCAGGAUGUGCUGAAAGAAGUAGAGGCCCAAGAGCCGAGGUUUAUUUCUUCUCUCACGGAGUGCAACGGCCGUUAUGAGGGACUAGAGGUGAUUUCGCCCGGAGAGUUUGAGGUGGUCCUUUACUUGAAUCAAAUGGGUGUCUUCAACUUUGUUGAUGACGGAACCCUUCCUGGAUGUGCAGUUCUGAAGCUCAGCGACGGCAGAAAAAGAUCAAUGUCCCUGUGGGUAGAGUUCAUCACAGCAUCAGGAUAUCUCUCCGCAAGGAAGAUCAGAUCCAGAUUUCAGACUCUAGUCGCUCAAGCUUGUGACAAGUGCACAUAUCGGGAUUCUGUCAAAAUGAUUGCGGAUACUACCGAAGUCAAAUUGAGGAUCCGGGAACGGUACAUUGUGCAAAUCACACCAGCUUUUAAGUGCUCAGGGGUUUGGCCAAGAUCCGCUGCGCACUGGCCGAUUCCUCACAUUCCCUGGCCACAUUCGAACUUGGUAGCGGAAGUUAAGACAGAGGGAUUCGAUCUUCUUUCGAAGGAGAGUGUCGCUCUUCAGGGGAAACAAUCGGCAAUGGAAGGUGAUGCUUGGGUUUUGUGUUUUACUGAGGCCGAAACGAGACUUUUGCAGGGAGGAUGCAGAAGACGCUGCCUUAGUAUUUUAAAGACCCUAAGGGACCGGCAUCUUGAUCUACCUGGUAACCCAGUAACGAGUUAUCAUAUGAAAACUUUACUCUUGUACGAGUGCGAAAAACACCCGUUGGAAACUGAAUGGGACGAUGGUUCACUUGCUGAUCGGAUUAAUGGAAUUUUCCUUCAGCUCAUAUCCUGUCUUCAGUGCAGAAGGUGCCCACACUAUUUCCUUCCGAAUCUAGAUCUAUUUAAAGGAAAGUCACCUAGUGGGUUGGAGAACGCAGCUAAACAAGUAUGGAGAUUAACGAGAGAGCUUCUAACUAAUAGCCGUGCUUUGGAAAAAUUAUAGCUUCCGGGUUUAUUAUAAUAUGAACGGUGAAAGUAAACAGCAAUGAAUGUUUGACUUUGUUACUGUGAAUCCUAAAAUGUGACUUUGGUUUAAUAUUAGACUAUGUAUCUACUUUACUGGAAGAUUUUUAAUUCCGAUGAAAUUAUUUAUAACGUGCAUCUAAUUUAGUAAUUAGACCAUUUGAAGAAAAUUUGAAAAUACCCAUGUAGUCAAUAAAUUGUCCUGUCCUUUCUAUCCAUUAUAAUUGAAAAUUAGGUAGUCUUAAUGUGAACAUAUUUGUUUUGAAAAAUUCUCGAAUAUGAGCAUGUAUUUAAAAUAACACGGAUAAAAAUAUGUUUAAAAUCGGAACAGCACAGCUCUUCUUAAAGCUUACGGAAUUUUUAGCAGUUUAUAGAAUUUGCAGUAAUUUAAAAAAAUUACGGAUAAUAAUACGGAAGACAGACUUUUUUAUUAUAGAUUUUAAAGAUUGAAUUUAUCAACGUGCUAAAAAGUUUCAUAAAUGUUAUAGCGGAAAAUAUUUAUAAGAUUACUAAAAAUGUUGUAAAAUCUACAAAAGUGCUGUAAUCUUUACAAAAAGAUACGCUGCUUCUAACUCAAAAUCUUUUAAUUUUAGCAAACAAUUUUUUCUUGGUUUUUUCUCCUACAGUAUUAAGGUUAAUACAACACUUGGAAGUCCUGUAAGGUCUUGAAGACCUGGAAAAGUCAUGGAAUUGUAAGACCAUUCUAGAAAAUCUGAAAAUGUGAUGGAAACUUCUUUAUUUGCACCUAUAUUUCAAACUUUUAACGAUAAUUUUAAAUGAAAAGUAAAAUACAAUAAAAGUAUUAAAAUUAUUAUUAUUUUAGUAUACUUUACGGCAAAUUUUUA